ACGUUCAGGGUGUUGCCGACAGCUUCCCGCUGACUAGACCGCAUUUUUCUGCAGUUUUUACUGGCUGCCACGGCAUUGGAAGGAUCCUCGGAGACCAUCAUCCCACGCAAUGGAGGCAGUGACCCUGGAGGAUGUGCUUGUGAACUUCACCCUGGAGGAGUGGGCUGUGCUGAAUCCAUCUCAGAAGAAGCUCUACAGAGAAGUGAUGUGGGAAACGUUUAGGAAUGUGACUGCUGUAGGAGAGACUUGGGAUACCCAAAAAAUUAAAGAGGAAUACAAAAACUUCUCAAGACAUCUAAGAGUUGAAAAGAUAGCAAAAUUUUAUGAAGACAAAAUAUGGGAUCAACAGGAAAAAAUGUGCCUUUGGGCUUCAGAUGAGAAUGUGGAAACACAACAGGCUGCUCUAAAGUCAGCUGAAAACCUUGCGUGUAGCAAGCCCGUGUUGGGGCAUUCAUCAUUAAACGUGUGCACGUUACCUGACACUGGACUGAAGCCACGUGAGUAUGUGGGAUUUGAUGAGGAGCUAGGUAAUGGUAAUGAACCUGGAAAAUCCAGUGAUUUCCAGCCCUGUCAGAAUCCUGCAAAGACAAAGCCUGGAGAGCAGUGCUAUGAAAGUGAACAAUGUGGGAAAUCACACCCUAACCAUAAGGAACAAACUCAGUCUGUAGAGGAAACCUCUGGAUGCAAGCAAAGCGUGAACAGCUCUAGCACUCCCAGUGGUAUUAAAAUCCAUGAAAGAUUUCACACUGGGAACAAACCCUAUGUAUGUAAUCAAUGUGGAGAAAAAUUUGCAGAUAACUCUGCAUUUCUUAGACAUAAAAAAACCCACACAGAUGCGAAGGCAUAUAUGUGUCAGCAGUGUGGGAAAGCAUUCACUACACAACGUUAUUGUAAAAUUCAUGAAAAAAUUCACACCGGGGAGAAACUCUAUUCCUGUAAAGAAUGUGGGAAAGCAUUUGCUACACUGAGUUAUUGUAGAAUACAUGAAAGAAUUCACACUGGUGAGAAACCGUAUGUAUGUGAGAAAUGUGGGAAAGCCUUCCGUACACAUCUGUAUUAUAGAAGACAUGAAAGAAUUCACACUGGGGAGAAACCUUAUGUAUGUAAUGAAUGUGGAAAAGGAUUUGCUGCUAUGUCUACAUUUUGUAGACAUAAGCAAGUUCACACAGGUGAGAAAGCAUAUAUAUGCAAGCAAUGUGGGAAAUCCUUCUCUAGUGGAAGUUACUGUAAAACACAUGAAAGAAUUCACACUGGGGAAAAACCUUAUGAAUGUACUCAAUGCGGAAAAGUAUUUGCUGAUAAGUCUGCACAUUGUAGACAUAAACGACUCCACACAAGUGAGAAAACCUAUGUAUGCAAACAAUGUGGGAAAGCAUUUACUACUCUCAGUUAUUAUAAAAAACACGAAAGAAGUCACACUGGGGAGAAACCGUAUGUGUGUGAAAAAUGUGGAAAAGCAUUCACUACCCCAAGGUAUUGUAGAAUACACAAAAGAAGCCACACGGGGGAGAAACCAUAUGCUUGUAAGCAAUGUGGGAAAGCAUUCAUUGAUGUGAAAAGUCAUAAAAUUCAUGAAAGAAUUCACACUGGGGAGAAACCCUACGCAUGUAAGCUUUGUGGGAAAACAUUCAAUGCCAUAAAUGCUUGUAAAGUACAUGAAAAAACUCACAGUGGUGCAAAACCCUAUGUAUGUAAGAAAUGUGGAAAAGCAUUCACUACACAGAGUUACUGUAGAAUACAUGAAAAAAGCCACAGUGGGGAGAAACCCUAUGCAUGUAAGCUAUGUGGAAAAGCAUUUUCUGGCAUGAAUUACUGUAAAAAACAUGAAAGAACCCACAGUGGGGAGAAACCCUAUGCAUGUAAGCUAUGUGGGAAAACAUUUGCUGGCAUAAGUUAUUGUAAAAAACAUGAAAGAAGACAUACUGGGGAGAAACCCUAUGAAUGUAAGCAAUGUGGGAAAGCAUUCAGUACACAGAGUUGGCAUAAAAUACAUGAAAGAAAUCACAGUGGCGAGAAAGUGUAA